CUUUUGAGCCAUCACCAGUAUCAAGAGCUGAUACUGGAGAUCUGUGGAGGUGCUACUGCACCCUACGUGACGGGAGAUGUCUCCCGUGUUCAUUAAUCAAUCGAUCCGUCAGUCUAAACUCCACAAACAUCACGUACCGCUCCUGUGCCAGGUAAGUCCACAACGGGCUCACCAUAGCCCGUGCUACUUGGAGCUUGUUCCGAGUAGCUGAAUCUAUAACAUCAUCAUCAUCUAAACUCCAAGAGUUGUUCAGUAGAGUCGCUUGCGAGAUACCACACAUCUUCAACAUUCACCAACAACAAUGUAACACUCGACGUGUAAAGUUCCUAUCGUCGUAAGACGCUUCAGCCUUGACACAGAGCAGCCACCCAGAUUCUGGCCGGAUCGAGCUUCUACACUCUCGUCCCGCACUCUAGUUCUUCCACCGGCAUCAGUGGAGCGCGACGCUCAACACACUCACCCCGCAUCCAGGCUCUCUACCCCCGGCCUCACUCAGCUCUCUGCCCUGCUUCACGCUUCGUCUCAACUAUAGCAACACUUCACUACAUUGCCAACAAACCGACUGCUGUAACCAAGGCUAUACUAAAUAUAAGAAACCAUUAAACUCUUUACGUAAUCAUGGGAGACAUCUCCCGUCCACGAGGCUAACCAUACCCCGUGCUUCUUGCCCCGCUCCUGUGCCAGAUGGCGGAGACGAGUUUGAACACUGUUGGUCCCGAUCUGCUGUCAUUGAUGCUGGAGCAGAAAGUGGAGCCUGGGGGAUGGAACGUGACCCAGGUGGCCAAUGCCACCCUCACCGGGCGGGAGCCCUGGAAAGACACACUUGACUUUGUUGCCACCAUCACCCUCACUUGCAAUUCCCUUAUCCUUAUGCUCGGCAUGGGGUCUGCUAUUAACUGGAUUGAGAUAUGGUCCCACGUGCGUCGACCAGUGGGAGCAGCGAUCGGGAUGUUGGGUCAGUUCGCGGUGCUGCCGUUAACGGGGUUCGUACUCUCCCUACUCUUCAAGUUGAGACCUUACGAAGCCCUGGGCGUCCUCAUGAUCUCCUGCAGCCCCGGAGGAUCACUCUCCAACCUCUUAACUUAUUGGGCGGACGGAGACUUGGCACUCAGCAUCAUGAUGACGGCUUGCUCCUCCAUCAUGGCCUUCGGUGGGAUGCCCUUCAACCUCUGGCUAUAUUCGCAGCCGUGGCUGGAUGAUGGCAACGAGAAAAUCCAUGUCCCCUUCGGUAGCAUCAUGAUCUCCCUGGCCUUCAUCAUGGGCCCCGUCAUCGUCGGCAUGAUCAUCAGGCACUACCAUGUGAAGGCAGCCACCAUUAUUUCCAAGGUGGCGAGCAUGGUGGGGUGGUUGGGUGGGGCAGUGGCCAUCUUCACCUCCUUCCUCCUCCACUGGGAGGUGGUCGUCAUGGCCACCACCUUAAUCUACGCCGCCGCCUUCAUCCUCCCCAUUACUGGCUUCGCACUCGCCUAUACACUUGCCAAGUUCACCUGUCGGAGUAAUAAAGUGGCCCGCACCAUCGCUAUAGAGACUGGUAGUCAAAACAUACCAGUUGCCCUCAGCGUCAUCGCCCUCUCCUUUCCCCAGCCCCUGGUGAAAGGACAGAUUCUCAUCUUCCCUACAUUGUACGGCAUCAUCCUCCUGUUAGAGUCGUUCUUAGGCAUAACAGCCUACCAGGUGUACAAGAGGAGGUGCUCCAGCCCGAGCGACGACACCAGCACGGCAAACGUCGAGGAAGGCACCAAAGGAGUGAAGGAAACCUCUGAACACGUCUUGGAUACACAUGCAUAAUGAAAUCAUAUUAACGUAAUGUAUCAAUGAGAAAAUCAGUAGUAGCCCCUGAAAAGGAUUCGAACCCACUCAUUUGGUACUCUCAAGCUAACGCCCUAGACCACUACACCACAACAUUGCCACAAAGCAAUGUAACCCGGGAUACUAGUGAAUCCUCUAGGGGUCCUGAGGAUUCCAACUUGAGUCCAAUCAGGAGUUUCACGCAUUGCCCUCAUACUCUCUGGCUUUAUGGUUUAGUAGUUCUACACCCAACGCUUCUCGUCAAAUGUACAAUUAAAUGACAAAUAUGAAAUAACCGCUGAGAUUGACACCACUGACAUAUAGGUUAUAAAAUAAUCAUUGGGAUAUAGGUUAUAAAAAACCACUGAUGUAGGUUAUAAAAUAACCACUGAGAUAUAGGUUAUAAAAUAACCACCGAGAUAUAGGUUAUAAAAUAACCACUGAGAUAUAGGUUAUAAAAUAACCACUGAGAUAUAGGUUAUAAAAUAACCACUGAGAUAUAGGUUAUAAAAUAACCACUGAGAUAUAGGUUAUAAAAUAACCACUGAGAUAUAGGUUAUAAAAUAACCACUGAGAUAUAGGUUAUAAAAUAACCACUGAGAUAUAGGUUAUAAAAUAACCACUGAGAUCUGAGAAAUCACCUCAGAUAUUUCUUUACUGACUGUGGGUUACCUGUUGAAUAACCAGGUACUAAGUAAACCCUUUCUCCUUGGUCUUCUCUAACAAAGAACCCUCUCAACCUUAUCUAGAAACCAAAGUGUACUAUAGCUCUGCCUUUUCAUUCAAAAGGUUUAUAAUUUUACAA